UUAGCGGGGCAGCACAUGCUGAUCGCCCGGGCCAUGCGAACGAAAGCGAGCCCUGGGAGGGAAAAAUCUGCAGGAACAGCAGCGAGUUUAGCCAAGGUGGGAAGCCUGACUUGGGGCUGUCUGGGAUAUCGUUUAACGUGAACGUUAUUUCCAGCUGGUCUCCCCGGUCGAGCCCGCAGCGGUGUGAAAUUCUUUCGUCUGAAGCUUCUUCCGGGUGCUCCGAACGCAAGGUCAGCUUCGAGAUGGGCCCACUGCACUGACGCCUUGGCGGGCGCUAACUCGCUGAGUUAGCACGUCGUGUGUGGGUGGGAUCUGCUCGUGGUCAAUUUGCGGGGCAGCCGCCAAGACCUGAACGAUUCAGGAAUGAAGCAAACAAACAUCACGCGCGCACCAUCGCGGCCGACGAUCACAAAAGACGACGACACCUAGCUCCCAUUCCAGAGAAGAUAUGGCCCAUGACGGUCAGCAACCACCCAACCCGCAGCGGCGCGCGCGCUCGACCUCGCGGUCCCGGCCGACUACGCCCCUCCGGCCCUCCUCCCGCUCCUCGUUCCGCGAGUCGGCCCGCAGCAGCGUGCAAGGCGACUCGGCGUCGUUCCCGCUCAACGCGUUCGAGCCGGCCUUCGCCGAGCUGUCCGACGCCGUGGCCGACCUGGAGGCCAACAUGAUGCACUUCCAGCUGAUGCACGAGAGCCUGGCGCGCUUCAGCGAGAGCUUCGCGAGCUUCCUGUACGGCCUGAAUAUGAAUGCGUUCUGUGUCGAUUUCCCGGAGGGUCCGAUGACGGAGUCUUUCAGACGGAUGAAGCUGAGGGAGGAGGAGCAGCAGAAUACCUCGAGGCUCGCCGAGAGGACGGCCGGCGAUGUCGAUACCGAGACCACGUUCAUGACCACGGAUACCUCGUUUGUCGAAAACCCCCCGACAUCUUCUAAGCCGGCCUUAAAGUACCAGGCACCCGGUUCAAACCGUCAGUCGCGGGUCCCGGCGCCGUCCGGGUCCGGGUCCACAAGGGGCGCGACAGCUGGCAGAGGAGCGGCAGGAGGAGGCAGAGGAGGUACCCGAGGGACGCGGCCUAGCGGGAUUGCGCGACCCCGGGGGCGUGGUAUUAGAUGAAGUGGAGUGUGAAGAGAAAAGCAGAGUUGGGAGGUUGGCGUUCUGCGAAAGCGGGGGCCAUCCAGCUCCUCAAAAUGUCCCUGUGGCAGGACGACGUUCUGCCGCGGUACAGCAGCGGGGCUGG